AUGGAUGAGAAAGGUCUGCGUUCCGACAAGGUGGUGCACCGAUCUUCAGGAUUCGACAGUUUUCUUCAAAAUAUUAGGGAUUUGGAGCAGGAGUUAAAUGACACCUUCAAUGAAUUUAAUUUGAAAUCAGAUCUACAACAUGGAUUUUCGUCUUGUUUGGAGAAGAAAUCUGUAUCGUUUUUAUAUCACACAGAAUUAUUGAAAGCAUUAGAGAAAAUUGGAUUGAACUAUGAUGACUACAUACAGACUAUGAAUGAACUGGAGCUCGAUAAAGAAUGUGACCAAGGUGAAAAAUCAGAUAUAGAAGUGGAUGAUGGAACGUUAUUGAAUUGCACUGAGAAAGUUCCAGAUAACAAUACUUUGGAAAUAAGAACGAACUCAAGAGCUGAACGACUGUCAAAUAUUUUAGAAGACAGUAAGCAGCUUAAGAACACUGAUUCGGAAAGUAGACUUAUGCAUCAAAAAAUUGAAGAUGAAAUCAGUAGAUUAGAAAAAGCGAAAUGGCAGUAUUAUGCUAGUGCUGUUGAGAAUGCGAAAGCAUGUAAUGAGAAAACAAGUUUACGUUGGAGCGAAAUUCAUGUCCCCUUGGAGAAUGAAGAGCAACCCAAUCCUCCAACGGAUGGAAAUAUAUUGUCCGAAUUUCAAUCUGAUGAGGAGUAUAUGAAUCUACGUAUAGAAGAACUUGAAGCUGAGAAGAAAUGUGAACAGGAACGGCUGAAACGAAUCCAACAGAUUGAAGAGGAUUCACUCAUAUUUAAUGCAAAUAAUCGACUUUAUAGUUGGCGGUCUUUACUGGAUAUUAUGCAAACAAAAUUUAAUCCUUCCUAUUCUCCUUAUUCCUAUGGAACAAGACCUCAUUCGGCUGUACAAUAUACAAAUAAUCGAAACCACAUUUGUAAAACAAACUUAAUUGACAGAAAUUUUGGAUUGUAUUUUGAUCUGUCGGAUAAAAAUAGAACUCAAGAUUCACAUAAUCGAUCAAUAUUGGGGGUUUCAGAUAAUUAUUAUCAAAACAUGGGUGAUAUAAUUGAUAGUCAGAUGCCAACAAAGCCAAAUGAGUGCAAAUAUAGAAGUUCAAGAUUGUCGAACAUUAAAUUGUCUGUGAAUGCCACGGAUCCUGGAGUGUCAACGGGACAAAGUGUUGAUGAAGACAAGGCGUCUCGUCCUGGUACCUCGAGUGCUGUUACAUUGGAGUUGGCCCGUGGGAAUGAUAUAGCCUGUGAGUUGUUGUCUCCAGACUCAGAUGGUAUGGGUGAUUUGAAGGCGAAAUCUGUGAUCGACGACUGUCCGACCUUGGGGAUUUCGUCGCCCGAAUUAGAAAGAACCAACGGUGGAGUUGGGAGAAGUUCAAGAUUGUCGAACAUUAAAUUGUCUGUGAAUGCCACGGAUCCUGGAGUGUCAACGGGACAAAGUGUUGAUGAAGACAAGGCGUCUCGUCCUGGUACCUCGAGUGCUGUUACAUUGGAGUUGGCCCGUGGGAAUGAUAUAGCCUGUGAGUUGUUGUCUCCAGACUCAGAUGGUAUGGGUGAUUUGAAGGCGAAAUCUGUGAUCGACGACUGUCCGACCUUGGGGAUUUCGUCGCCCGAAUUAGAAAGAACCAACGGUGGAGUUGGGAGAAGUUCAAGAUUGUCGAACAUUAAAUUGUCUGUGAAUGCCACGGAUCCUGGAGUGUCAACGGGACAAAGUGUUGAUGAAGACAAGGCGUCUCGUCCUGGUACCUCGAGUGCUGUUACAUUGGAGUUGGCCCGUGGGAAUGAUAUAGCCUGUGAGUUGUUGUCUCCAGACUCAGAUGGUAUGGGUGAUUUGAAGGCGAAAUCUGUGAUCGACGACUGUUCGACCUUGGGGAUUUCGUCGCCCGAAUUAGAAAGAACCAACGGUGGAGUUGGGAGAAGUUCAAGAUUGUCGAACAUUAAAUUGUCUGUGAAUGCCACGGAUCCUGGAGUGUCAACGGGACAAAGUGUUGAUGAAGACAAGGCGUCUCGUCCUGGUACCUCGAGUGCUGUUACAUUGGAGUUGGCCCGUGGGAAUGAUAUAGCCUGUGAGUUGUUGUCUCCAGACUCAGAUGGUAUGGGUGAUUUGAAGGCGAAAUCUGUGAUCGACGACUGUCCGACCUUGGGGAUUUCGUCGCCCGAAUUAGAAAGAACCAACGGUGGAGUUGGGAGAAGUUCAAGAUUGUCGAACAUUAAAUUGUCUGUGAAUGCCACGGAUCCUGGAGUGUCAACGGGACAAAGUGUUGAUGAAGACAAGGCGUCUCGUCCUGGUACCUCGAGUGCUGUUACAUUGGAGUUGGCCCGUGGGAAUGAUAUAGCCUGUGAGUUGUUGUCUCCAGACUCAGAUGGUAUGGGUGAUUUGAAGGCGAAAUCUGUGAUCGACGACUGUUCGACCUUGGGGAUUUCGUCGCCCGAAUUAGAAAGAACCAACGGUGGAGUUGGGAGGUCUAAUGAUUUCUUCCAGGAUAAUGACGACUGCAGCUCAGUAACCAAAGUUAACAGUUUCGUACAGGACAUUAAAAAUCAAUUAGCUGUCUACAUAAAUCAAAUCUCAUCAUCGUCUCAUCCUAUUUAUGAUUCUUCUAAAUCAGACGCAUCUCUUGAUUUGAAUGUGAUAAAUAAGUUGAGCAUUCUUGACUUCAGUGGAGUUAACCUAACAAAAUUAACCAUUCUGAAACUGAAUAAUAAUCAAAUUAAAAGAAUCUCAGAUAUUACAGGACAUUUCCCUAAUCUCAUAAUGCUAGAUGUAUCGUCCAAUUUCAUUACAAGUAUUGAUUUUCAAACACUAGCUAAUUCCAAAACUCUAUGA